UUGACUCACAGAGGCGGCUCACCACUGGCGCACGGACCGUGGAGGAUACGGGCAGAAGAUGGCUGACUUAGCCGGGCACCGCAAGCCCUCGGCGGCAUCACCAGCGUCACACGGGCCGCUGAAAAGCUGCAAGACACCCGCCGUCUGGCGACUGUAAACAGCUGCCUCUCUCAACCCCUCCUCUCCCCUCCUCACCGCAAAUAUUGACAGAAGUAUCACAGAGAAAACAUGGCAGAGAUGGAAAAAGAGGGCAGACCUCCGGAAAAUAAAAGAAGCCGAAAACCAGCUCACCCAGUGAAAAGGGAAAUAAAUGAAGAGAUGAAGAGUUUUGCAGAGAACACCAUGAAUGAGCUGCUGGGCUGGUACGGUUAUGACAAGGUGGAGCUGAGAGACUCUGACAGCCUGGAAAUAGGGGAGACACCACAGCACAUCUCUGUCCUCAAAGAAAACUCGUUGCCAAAAAUCCCAGCUUCAACAGAGAACAGUGAAGGCUCUCCGGAUCGAGCCAGCAGCUUUCAUUCGUUGCCAGCCUCCAGGAACGGACUCACAGAGACCUCCACCACGCCGUCCACCUCCACGCCCAGCACCAAGGAGCAUGGCAACCUGCCCAUCAUAGUCCCCAUGAUCCCUCCGCCACUGAUCAAGCCCCCUGCAGACGAGGAUGCGUCCAAUGUGCAGAUCAUGUGCGCCUGGUGCCAGAAGGUCGGCGUCAAGCGCUAUUCUCUGAGCAUGGGGAGUGAGCUGAAGAGCUUCUGCAGUGAGAAAUGCUUCGCUGCCUGCCGCAGAGCCUAUUUUAAGAGAAACAAGCUUGGAUUUAUAAGGAAUUAUACCUGGCGGAAACGGGCUUCCAUAGAAAUGAGACAAAGCUUCAACCUUCAACAAGUCUCUGAAUCUCAGCCCUCAGAGCCAUCCUUCAAGGCAAGAGACGACGAUGGCCUCGGUGGGAAAUUACCCCUGCACAGCUUUGCUCAGGACACGCCCAGGCUUGUCUUCAAGACAAACAGCGAUGUGCUUGUGUGUGACUGGUGCAAACAUAUUCGCCAUACUAAGGAGUACCUGGACUUUGGUGCUGGUGAGCGGAGGCUGCAGUUCUGCAGUGCCAAAUGCCUGAACCAAUAUAAGAUGGACAUUUUCUAUAAAGAGACCCAGGCUGCCCUUCCUGGAGCACUGUGUAACCCAGGACACGGAGCUGGAGGGGAGGGUAAGCCGGAGUGCAGUUCAGGAGUGCAGCUGCUCACUCCUGAAUCCUGGGGAACGCCGCUAACGGACCUUCGACGUAAAGUUCCCUCACCUGGAGGGCCUUCCUCCACCUCAGUUUUGGCCCCUUCCACAUCUUCUGCUGCCUCACCCUCAGACACUGCAGCUGUCUGCUCCCCAUCCUCCUCCUCUUCAGCCAAAAUCCCCACACCCAGACCCCAUGAGAGCCCCUCACUUCCCCCACCACCUGUUCCUGCUCUUCACCCACCAGUCGGGGUCCCCUCUGGCAGCCCUCCCAUGGUGAUGACACCCCGGGGACCCAUGCCCCUGCCUCUGUUCAUGGAGCAUCAAAUGAUGCAGCAGAUCCGCCCCCCAUUUCUUCGCACCUCUGCCCACCCAGGAGGGCCCAACAGCCCGCUGUCAAACCCAAUCAUUCCUGGUAUUGGUCCACCACCACCUCCUAGGACCCUUGGUCCUCCAUCAAGCCCCAUGCACAGGCCUCUGCUAUCUCCACAUGUCCACCCUUCAUCCAAUCCCAACCCUGGCAUGAUCCCCCCACACCCUGGAAUCCCCAUGCCGGGCCUACCGCCUUUCCCCCCAGUCAACAUGAUGCCCAAUGGACCCAUCCCCCUGCCGCCAAUGAUGAACUUUGGCAUGCCGUCCUUGGCUCCAUUGGUACCUCCCCCAACUCUCUUGGUCCCUUACCCUGUCAUUGUACCCCUCCCAGUCCCAAUUCCUAUUCCAAUCCCUAUCCCCUUCAACCCCAAAUCCUCCAGGGACCGACCUGAGAGCACUGGUUCUGUCCGUAGUGCUCCAGAGUCCUCAGAAGCUUCAGCCUCUAGGCUCCAUUCUCCAGGCUCCUCUGGAGGUGAUAGAGGGAGCCAGAAGAUAGAGCCAGCCGGAGGGCGUGUCUCUCCUGUGCGGUCAGAGAGAGGCAGGACAGUGGAAUUGACUGUGAAGGCAGAGGACAACUCAGGCAACCUUUGUCUCAGCAGUGGCCCUGGAUUGAUGGAUGGGGUUAUUGAUCUAACAGUGGGCCAAAGAUCAUGCCAGCAGCAGGUAAUUCACAGGAUUCUACCUGGUGUCCAGGUCAAAGUAGAGCCAGAGGCGGAUUCAAGAUCUCCACCAGCUGCUGAGCUGGGGAGGGAAGGGAAGAGCCAUCGUGAUGAAGGGGAAGGGGCUCUGCUCUCACAGGAACUCCUCAGUGCUGCGGAGCCGGAAGGGGCCACACACCCUAACACACUGGAAUCAUCAGCCCCACCUUCCAGUGCUCCCAGCAAAGCUUCAGUGAGCCAGAAGAGUCCCCACUAUUCUAACCGUACAACACCACCCUCACCAAGUACAGUGCGGACCCAGCCCCCAUCUUUACCCCAGCACCAGACUAGCCCUGCUGCCCCAUGUAAUGUGAUAGUCAAUGGUACGGGAUGGCAUCCACUUCUCACGCCUGCGUUCGAAUCUGACCGAAGGGGAGAGACAGGAGAAGGAGAGGCAGAGAAGCACCCAGCUAACGGUGAGCUUGAGCGUGAGGCGCUGAAAGAGAACAAUUGUUCCGUAGGUGAAUGGGAGCCAGGGAAGCGGGUCUCAGCACAAGAUGAGAUGGGUAACACGGUGGAGGGUAAGCCAGAUCCUGACUCCAACUUGGAGGAGGGUGAGCAUGCCUACGCCCUACCGCUGCUGUCGACCGGAGGCUGUGUUGUCAUACAGCCUGUGCCAAAGCCCGCCGCCGACAAGACAGCCAUCCUCUCCUGCUCCAUCAGCGCACCACUAUCAGCCGCUGGGAGUCCUGAGCUCGAGCCGCCGCUGAAGAGGAGGUGUCUGCGAAUUCGCAAUCAAAACAAAUGAGAUGGAUGCUCUGAGGACCGCAGUGCCAUCAACGACACUCACUUGUCCACCCCCCACCUCCAAAUCACACACACACACACACACUGUCCUCAUCCUCACCCAUCGUCCAGUCUACCAGCACCACAAAUCGCCUUUGAUGACCGAUGAGUCCAAACAAACAUGAUGAUGUGUAUCAUAGCCGAGUGGACUACUGUUGUCUGUGCGACAGACACUCUGAUGGCCACCAGGACCGUUUGAUCCCUGAACUGAAGAUAGUAUAUUCCUGCAACAGGAGGAAUUUACCCCACUGCUCCUCUCCUCAUUUAGAGACUCUCAGCCCACACUGCCCCUUUAGACUUCAAUCCACCCUCCCCUAUCGAACAAGUACUCUCUGUAUUGUCUUUUUACUAUGGAACGCACUGUAGUGUCCGAUAUUCAAACCUGCUGCUUGGAAAUUACUGAAGGAGCCCCUAAAACUGAAACGCUUCAGUCCAACUUUGUGCCACACCACAGGUAUAAAAUCUCUGCUCCUGUAAGUCUUAUUUUUAUCACUUGUCACUGAGCUGUAGAGGCAUUAAAAAAUCAUCUUGGCAUUUGCUUGUUCAUCAGAAAUGUUUGCACAUAGAUGCCACACCGGUUGCUUCAGUUCAUGGAAUGAUGAGUCAAAGCAGCCGCCAUAUUGCUGAGGAGGAGCCAGACUUUUUAAUGCACAUAUGUCUAUGGAAGCAGUAGAUACACAAUUAAAUACCAGGAUGAUUUCAUGAAAUUUCAAACUGAUUUUCAAGCUAUUUGAAUUGUCAUUUCCCCAGAUUUUCUGUUGAUAGUUCUAAAAUAUCAGAUAUUAAGAUUACAAAUCUGCAGCUGCUUUUCUGUGAUGUUGUAAAGACUGACUCUGAAAUGUAAAAACUGAUGGGAUUACAUCAUUUUCAAGAGUUUACUGUCACCCUGAAAUAUGAGCUGGAGACGAGUCAUUUGGCUCAAGUGCUGCUGUUCAUGAAUGCCUUUUAUCUUUUGGGAAUGCACACACACAAAAAGUCAUUCUGAUGCAGCUCUGAAUGCUUCUGUAAUGACAAUUCAUGCACAUUGUAAGUCAGUUUAAAAGAGAGCUGCACAAAGCAGCACAAAAGUUUUCACGUUACACAGGAAUGGCUAAGAACACAUAGUGAGCUCCCCUGAGCAUGAUGGUGGCUGCAGAGAUGCAUCUCUCAAGCCCAGAUUUGGUAUCUGUGUGUUAAUACACGUGCUUGUUCACAACCAGCAAAAAUGUCCUUGCCAACCUUGUCACCAAGUUCUGGGUGAAUCCAGUGGGAUUAAGAAAUCUGGGAAAUCUUUCUUUUUUUCUUUUUUUUUUAUGGAUGGGGGCAUAAAAUCACCUUCACAUAUGUUGAGAAUUAUUCUGAUGAUAACCUUCACCAGCAAGUAAGUGUGUGGGUGGAAUCGUGCAAUCUCUGCCAUUUUCCGUUGGCAUCUGUCUGUUUGCUCUCCACUGAAUUCAGUUUUAGUGUUACACAAGGAUAAGAUGGAGCUGUCGUGAUAAUCAUUCCUAUUAUUGACAUUUUCUCUACCCUCUGGAAUGCUGCCCGUGUGCUUAAACAGUAAUCUGUGCUAGUAACAGUAAUAUCAGAGAGCAUUUCAAGGCUUACUUGCACCACCAAAAGAACUGAGAUGGCAUGGCAAUGUGGAAGCAUCCUCCAGCCUGCAGUGGGUACUCGCUUCCGCAGGCUAGUACUUAAUCUUUUCUAUAAUACAUUACCAGUGAUGUUUCUGUCAUGGGUUAGUUUGAGACUGACUGCACUGAAUUUUGAGGGGGGUGCAGGGGGAAGCCAGCUCUUUCAUAAAUUAUUCUUGUGGGACUGAAGGGAAAACUGCUGAAGUAACACAACAGAAACAUUUGAACAGUAAACACACAGAGGACAAAUUCUUUAUGGCAAUAUUUUGUCCACUAACUCUGCCAAGUUGGUUCUUUUUUUGCCAAUUCUUUUUUGUUUUAAGGAAGUAUUUUCAGCAUUUGUAGAUCCUACCGGGAAGUUUGAGUAAAUGCAACACAACUGUCACCCAUCCAGUUUGAUCUGAUCCAGUUACACAUCGGUUGUGAGCUGGGACGCCAUCAGACAAAGCCAGCAUUUAGUUUACACUCCUAUGGAGGAGGUGCACUGUACCAGUGUGAGACAAGGUAUUAUCACAUGCCAAAGGCCUCUGGUGUGUUGAAACAAAACAUGUCACCUAGUUUUUAGUGGAAAUGGGAUUUUAAACUGAAGAUUUGACUGGAUAAUUUAUAGCUGCCAAAAUAACAAGCACUUAUUUUGAAAAAAGAAAAGAAAAGAAGACCCAAGAGAAGAGAAGUGGAUGUCAAAAGCAUCAUUACUAUUAUACUCUUUUCGGUUUAGACCUGUGAUAUGUCACAGUAAGCGUGAGAUAGAAUCUGGCUUAAAAUGACAAAGUGAUCUUCAAUUAUCGUUUGUCUUGCACUCUGAUUUUCUUUAAAUUAUUAGUAUAAAAGUAAAAAAAUUGUUUUCUACACUGUAAAGACCAGACCGAGCUUUUCCUCACGCCCGUAUUCACAAGCAUACAUACUCAUGUGGCACAAUGCACAUAGUAAAUUUAACUUUGUGUUUGUGUGUGUGAGGCAGGUGCAAGCAGAGAGCCCAGUUGAGAUUACAGAGUGUUGACUCAGAAUAAGCAGUGUGCAACUCUAUCUGUCGCCUCUUAGUCAGGCAUUUAGGCUUAGCUCGCCUCUUGCCAAGGCCCAGCUUUGGUGUCACUUUAAGCUUUUCCUCGUCUCUGCUUCAAUUCUCUGCAAGCAGAGCCAGUCAAAAUGGUCUUUUGAAGCUCUUGUCUGCCUUUUGCUGUAUUGCACUUAAAGAGACAGACUAAAAUACACAUCUGGUGCUGUGAUUUUUGGUGUGAGCUGCUGUAGUUUUGAAUAUAGUGAUAUAAUGGAACUAAAUCACAUUGAGCUGCAGGAAAUAUUAAGGAAUGCAGUUCCUGGAGUGGCCACUUGAGGCUUUUUCCAAAAACAAAGAAGUUCAAUUAGCUUCCUUUGUCAAAAUACAUUAAAAAGAGCAUACAACCAUGUUUUACAGCCUGGCACAAAAACAGUUUUUGGAUAGUUUCCCCUUUCAUAAGAACAACACUUGGUUUAGGUGUUGGUGUCUUUUACAACAUUUUUAAUUAUAUUUUCAGACAAUUAAUAUGCCAUCUAUCAGCCCACUCAAGAGGUUUGUGCUUUAAUUUUGGUGAAUGAAUUAUAAUAUUUUAUUAGUCUGUUACUUAAAACUCAUUAGCAGGCAUGUAUGUGUGGUGCUUGCUAACCAACUCACAAGUGUUACAGUCUUAAAAAUGGUCAGCGGGUGACGGCACGGUGGCUUAGUCCAUCUUAAAUAUACAGUCUGUGAGUGACAUUUGCAUGUGUGUUUAAAGUGCUAAAACAGAUAUGAAAAACUCAACAGCAAUGCCCAUUUCCAAAAUCAUGAUCCAUUUACUCUUCCUACAGAACUACACCCGUGACUGUGCAGAAGGAACCUUUCAUUUUCCCAUGACAAGAGCAGACAUUAUUUGGAAAAUAGUGCAUUAAAGGUUUCUGAAUUAAGUUGGCCAGAAAGAGACUGCUCUGCCGAGUUUUUCAAAUCCUAACCCUAACCUGUUGCACACAAAUAUUUAAGAGACGUUUAGUUCCAUUAUACCGAAGAGACGAGAAGGCAAAAAUCUUUACAGCCAAUGCACAAGAUAGGAAUGGAGUGAAAGCAUGGCAGGCCACAGGGAAGAUAUGCAAAUGUGAUUUUAGGGUGAAUUAUUCCUUUAAGUAGAGCUACUUCUUUCUGUAAUACUUUCCCAAAAAAUACAGUUUACAUCAGACGAAUAUAAAGUAUUCCUCUGAUUUAAUUUCUUCCCCAGAGAAUAACUCUGUUUGUUUUAUUGACCUUUCCCUGACCUUUCUUGUGGCGCCUUCAGGAAAAUUUAACAAAUUUAUUCCUAAGAUUGAAAAUCCUAGAUAUCUUAACCAGUAGUUUCAUACUGAUUAAAAAUGUUGAGAGGGCUUGAUUUGAUGAGGAACUUACUGCAAUCUGUUGUUAUGUCUGUUUUCACUCCUGCUUGGCCCUGUUACAUAGAGACGCUUACAUACAGAGACUACAGCAACAUGCCCAAUUGCGUCUGUUUCUAAUCUGCACCAUGCUGUGUUGGCGUCACAAGCGGUAUACUAUCUGUGCCUGAGACAGACACCGAACAUGCGAAAGCCUGACUCUCGUGGGGAAAACCUGGACCACCGAGUCAGUCUUUGUGAUGGCAACCCGACUCGUGACAAAUAUCCAGCAUUCUUUUUUUGGUGAUGGACUACAGGCCUGGUCAGCAGCCUUAAUUAUGCAAUGACAACCAACUCCAAAACUGCUAAAAACAAGUGGUCCACAGGCAAAAUAAAACAUGAUUCAACUUCAUGUUACUUUUCAGAAACAACGGAGAAGUUGCCUUAACUCUUGCUUGUAUAAUCUCUCCAGUUAAGACAAUGAUGCUCGCUUGUAAAGAAGACUCUCCCUUCUUUGUACAAAAUGAAAUAUACCAGAAACAACAACUUUGUUAUCUUGCUAGUGUCAGUGUAUAGAUGAUCAGCUUUUUCUGUAGCUUGUAUGGACCGUCACAUUUUUGCUAAGAAGAGAACCCCCCACCCCACCCCUGCCAGACUUUCUUGUUCCUAAUCAUCUGUUUUAACUCGUGGUGGACUGUCAAUCUUUUUUGUGUACAUUUUAUAGUAUUAUUUAUUGUUGACAAGUUUUGCAUUUGCAAAUAAAAAAGUAAAGGUGGUUUGACCUGAGCAUUCGAUUCCAAUGUAAAUGCUUGGUGAACAGUGACAUGCUUUUUCUUUUCUUUUUUUAAUCAUUAAAAUGGAGGACACGAUGAUAUGAGGAGGCCUUUUUAUUAUGUUGUAACAUGUACAUAACAUGUGGCCAAAAUUGCUUUUGGAGAAUGGUCAUUUUUUUGUGUUGUAACGGUAUUUGUUUUAUUCAGUGAAUUGCCCAUGA